AUGCCUCUUCGCAAGCAGCCGCCGAAGCACCGGAGGCCCUACCUCAAGCCCGCUGCCUCCGAAGCUGACCUCCGCGGGACCAAUAGGCCUCCUCAAACCAUCAGGCACGUUGCCUCAAAGAGCUCGUUCAGACUCCACCGUCCCUCUUACUACCUCCUCCGCCAAACCACGCUACUGGACGAAAUGGAUCUUUCCAGGCCUAAAGUGUCCGUCACAAUCACCUUCUCUGUGCCGGGCACUCACCCACCCGUCUACGUCGCCUCAUCGCUCACAAAUCCGCCAUGGGCUCCGGUGGAGAUGAGCAUAAAGGACGAACGUACCCCGGCUGGCGACCUCGUCUUCGAGAAGAGUUUCGAUGCGGUCGAGUCGGGCGAGUACCAGUACAAGUUCAGGCUCGGGCCUGGCGAUUGGUGGGUUUGUGACGAGAACGCGCCAAUAGUAUCCGAUGAAGCCGGCAACCGCAACAACCUUCUGGUCGUCACUCCACCGCAGUCACCUGCUUUGGAUAGGGGCGAGACCUCCUCUGCGCGCAGCAUACUCUCUACUCCUGAAGUUGAAAACUUGGCAACAACUGAUGAGCCUAAGGAUGGUGAAGGUAGUGGGUCACCUCUUGACACUGCACCGGACCCCCUUCCUUCUACUGUUGUCGAUCAAGUCCCCAAUGCAGAACAACCUGCAUACUCUGACAAGAAACCUGCGAGUCUUAUGGAGGAGGCGUCGAAAAGCACGGCUGAAGCGGAACCUGCUGUUGAAUCCGAACCAGCUGAAGCUAAUUCAAGCCAUACGAAAUUAGACUCGCAGAAACCCGUCUUGCUACCAUCGGUCGUUAUCGAGAAAACUGACGAUAAGCCCGCGUACGGGGACGAUCUUGGAGCGAACGCAACUCAAGGACAGCAAGAAGCUCACGCAAAGAGAGCCGCAGACGCUGAGCCUGACAAAGUAGUUGUCACUGGCGACGUGGAAGAGCCGAAGGAGCUUUCGAAGCUUAGAUUGGUUCCCAAGUCCGAGAUCCCUGCAGAGAUCUCGAACGCAGAAGAUCAGCAUUCGCCGUUGCUGCCGCACGAGGCAUUUGAGCCACUCGCUGAUGAGGCCCCAUUGCUUCCUCACGAGCGAUCCACAUCCGUGUCCAACACAGAAAGCGAAGACGAUGAAGAUGCGGUCGCUUCAACAGACUUUGCGCCCGUGGAAUUCGACGGCGACAUACCGUUGUUCCGUCAUGAGUCGAUCUCUCUGGCCUCAUCUGACAGCCCCCCGAGGAGCCCUUCCCAGUCCCGGCCCAAGUCCCACGCAUCGCUCAAGGACAUGAUGGACGAGGAAGACGUCAAUGAUCCCUCAAUCGAGCCAUUCCCCACCCGCCGCGAGACAAUUUACGAGCAUCUUCAAGGAUUGGCGAACCGCAUGGAAGUGGAUUGCUCUCUUCCAGAAGCUUCCGAGACUUCACCGCGCCGGAAGAACUCACGAUCGUCAUCGGAAAUGUUGCCACCUCCUUCACCGCUAGAUUCCAUCAAGGAGGACGAGGAAAUUGAGGAAGAAGAUCUCAACAAAUCGCCAUCACUGGUGGCUCCGGCCCAUUUGGUCGACCAAUCGGUCGCCGCUGAGCCCACCCCGCCGUUGACUCCAAAGAACGAUGUCCAUGCUACGAGACAGGACCGUGCCGAUUCCUUGGUUACCGUCACAGGCGAAGACACUCCUAAAGACGUCAAGGACCAGGCCAGUGACACGGACAGCUCUAAGAGCCAACUGGACGAGCCAAUCGAGCUUCCUGAGCUGCGUCCUUCCAGCCUGCGUCCUGCCAGCAUGCGUCCUCCCAGCCUGGCACCUCCAGUAGGCAACAGAGAUAUUUCUCGUCCCGGGACUUCUCACUCGGCCAAAAUCACUCCGAACAAGCAAAGCUCUUCGUUCAUGAUCAACUUCUGGAACAGUCUGUUUGGUAGCUGGCUGGCACCAGUCGUCAGAUGGUUCUCACGUGUGUGUGGAGGACGGAAACGUGCUACGUAA